CGAGGCGGGCGGGGCGGGGCGGGGCGGGGCGCGCGGGCCCUGAUGGCGGCGGGGCGGCCCCUCACGGCGGGCCCGGGCGGCCAUGGAGCACAUCAGCACCCCGAAGGUGGAAAAUGUGAAGUUGCUGGAUCGCUACACCAACAGGAAGGCAGCGAGCGGGACCUUGUACCUGACAGCCACACACCUGAUCUAUGUGGAUGCCUCUGCUGAAGUCAGGAAGGAGACAUGGAUCCUGCACCACCACAUCUCCAGCGUGGAGAGGCUGCCCCUGACCACGGCUGGGUACCCCCUGCUCAUCCACUGCAAGAACUUCCACGUGGCUCACUUUGUGAUUGGGCAGGAGAGGGACUGCCACGACGUCUUCACCUCCCUGCUCAAGCUCUCCCAGCCAGUGAAACCCGAAGAACUUUAUGCUUUCUCUUACAAUCCUAAAAUGUCCAAAGAGAGCCGGGAAAUGGGGUGGAAAUUGAUUGAUUUGAGACUGGAUUACCAGCGCAUGGGAAUUCCCAACGACUGCUGGGAAAUAACGGAUAUUAAUAAGGACUAUGAGGUUUGCAGCACAUACCCUCCUGAGAUCGUGGUGCCUCGAGCUGCCACCAAGGCCGUGGUGAUGGGAAGUUCAAGGUUCAGGAGCCGAGGGCGGAUUCCGGUGCUUUCUUACUUACACAAGGAAAACAAUGCCGCCCUGUGCCGCUGCAGCCAGCCCCUGGCCGGGUUCAGCGCGCGCUGCCUGGAGGACGAGCAGAUGCUCCAGGCCAUCCGAGAGGCCAACCCCGGCUGCCCCUUCAUGUAUGUUGUAGACACGAGGCCAAAGUUGAAUGCCAUGGCCAACAGAGCUGCUGGGAAGGGCUAUGAGAAUGAAGAUAACUAUGAAAACAUUCGUUUUAAAUUCAUUGGCAUAGAGAACAUCCAUGUGAUGAGGAGCAGCCUGCAGAAGCUGCUGGAAGUGUGUGAGAUGAAGUCUCCCUCCAUGAGCGAUUUCCUGACGGGGCUGGAGAACUCGGGCUGGCUCCGGCACAUCAAGGCUGUGAUGGAUGCUGGUGUCUUCCUGGCCAAGGCUGUGAAGGAGGAGGGGGCCAGCGUGCUGGUGCACUGCUCCGACGGCUGGGACCGCACGGCGCAGGUCUGCUCCCUGGCCAGCCUCCUCCUGGACCCCUUCUACAGGACCUUCAAAGGCUUCAUGGUCCUCAUAGAAAAGGAGUGGAUUGCAAUGGGCCACAAGUUCUCACACAGGUGUGGCCACCUGGAUGGGGACCCCAAAGAGGUGUCCCCUGUGUUCACACAGUUUGUGGAGUGUGUGUGGCAGCUGAUGCAGCAGUUCCCCUGCUCCUUCGAGUUCAGCGAGCGGUUCCUGCUGGAGAUCCACGACCACGUCUAUUCCUGCCAGUUUGGCAACUUCCUGGGCACCUGCCACAAGGAGAGGGAGGAGCUCAGAAUAUUUGAGAAGACCCAUUCCCUGUGGCCUUUCCUCUUACAGAGGAAGCAGGAGUUGAGAAAUCCUUUGUACAGAGGGUUUACAGCUUACAAAGAGCUUCAACCAAACACUCUACCCUUCAGUUUCCAGUUCUGGUGUGGGAUGUACAACCGCUUUGACAAGGGCAUGCACCCCAAGCAGUGUGUGCUGGACCAGCUGCUGGGCUGCCUGCGCCAGAAGGGGACCCUGGAGGACAGCGAGUCCCACCUGGAGAACAAACUCACUAUCCUCGACGGCCCCUUGCCCAGCGAAGGCUGCACCUCACCCAAGGCAGGAGCUGCUGCUGCCAAAGCCCCAACUCCUCCUCAGGACUGUGCAGAGGGAGCAGCCUCUGUGCUGAGCAAUGGCCCUUCCCUGGGCCAGCAGAAGCACAAGGAGAGCCCAGCCCAGCCCCAGGAUCUUGGAGCCUGCAGGGAGGAUGGGCAGGCUCAGCACCAGGGAUGAGCUGUGGGAGCUGCUGGAGAAGCUCUGGGGAGCUGGUGCAGCCCCGUGUGCAGCUGAGUGUGAGUAGGGGUGAGCAGGGCUGGGGGAGCGGCUGCUGGGGACUCCUCCUGCAGCUCAGGUGAUGCAGAGCUCCAGGAGCCUGCCUGGCAUUCCUGGGAACUUGGCUUUCCGUGGGAACACGUGCAUUUCUGAGGGUUAAGGCUGCCUGCCAGCACUGCUGUUUGAGGCUGGAAGAAAUCUUGCCAAUUCCAUGAGGAGCUGGGCAGUAGCUGCAGGAGGAAGGAUGCAAAUCCCUCUGUUCUCAGUGGUGGUCCAAGGUCAUCUUAAAAUGAGAAAAAAAUUCAGUCUGUCUUCAAAUGAUGAAAAACCCCCAACCUUUCUUAGCUGUGGAUGAAUCUCUGCAUGGACCCUUGCCUUGUAGCAGAACUGAUUCCUGUUUUGUUUCCUAUGCAUAUUUGUUACACAAAACCAAACCCCCUGUGCCUUCUCUGAGACUGUGUCCGUGUCCCAGGCUGUUGCUGGGUUUGUGUCAGAGUUUGCAGUGUGGUGUUGGGUCCUGUCUGUAGUCAGUGUUUGUGAGGAGGUUUUCUUCUGCUGCAGCUUCUCCAGGGUUUUUGCUGAUCCCCUGAGUUGAGCAGCUUCUUUCCAAGCUGACCUCUUGAAGAAUCAACUUUUGUGGACUUCCUUUAUUGAUGGGAGUGCAGCAGCCCCCAGAGGCAGCCUGUAACACAUGGAUUUGUGAUAAGAGGGAGCAUUGGAAAUGAUUUGUGUGGAAUUUUUCUCUCUUAUUUUAUCAUCUUGGUUAAACUGAAGCAACAGAGUAACUCUGUUCCAAGCUGUAAUCAUUGAUGAGACAGCAAUUACAGAUGGGGUGUGUCCUGGUAUUGAAAUGGGGACUAAAAGGAUGAAAUCACUUGCUGAUUCUAGGGAAUGUUCAAAUUCAGGGAACUUUAGUGAUGUUUUGUCUGUUUCAUGAACAAUAUCUCUCAUGGCAAUGAACUUGGGAAGAAACAGAAGAAACAAGGGCUUCUCUUCCCAGGGAUUGGGUGUCACAAAUCAGUGUUGGAAGGUCACCCAAAGAAUCCUUGGGAGAGGCAUCAGCAAAAGCAGGUUUGAGAUAAAAAAGUGUGACCAAAUUCAUUGGCAAGGUUCACUCUCUUACUUAUUAAGUGGUUAAAGCACACAGAGAAAAACUAAAAUAACAAAUCAAGCAAUCUAAAACUAAAAUCAACCAGCGUGGAGGCUGGGGAUGGAAAAGGGUCAGGAUGAAAAGGAACAAGGGAGAUUCCCCUGCUGAGCCAUAAGGUUCAGAGUGGAGCAUCCUGCCAGACUGAGCCCUGGAACUGUCUGCAGUUCAGGCCUAGAGGUUUCCUCAGAGAAUCAGUAGCAGCCCUUGAACUCAGCAGCAGAGAAUCAGCAGGUAAGGAAUUGAACAAGGGGUUUGUGUAGAAUUUCCUAUAAGCACAACAGGAGCUCCCUUAGAGGCUGAACUCACAAAUCCAAAGUACUCCAUAAUCCAGGAGGGCAGCAUUCCCAGUGCCUGGGCUCUGGCACAGCCCCAAGGACCAGGUCCAGGUGUAUCCCUGGGAAAAACUCCCUCGAGUUCCCUGUUUAUAGAGAGUUGAUUUUAUCAGAGUCACUCUCCAGCCUGGCUCCAGUUAGGGUCAAUAUCUUCCUUUGGAAGGUCAACAACAAACAUGUUCCACUUGGGCUGUUAUUCAGGCAAGAAAAAUCAGAUUCCAGGGCUGUGGGUUAAACCAUGGAGUUUGUACUCCAGGCCUGGGAGCAACCAGUGUUCCUGAUAAGCUCAGGGUGCUGCUUAUCAAGGCCAAGGCCUGAGGACAGUUCUGGGGUCCUGGUGUGGCCUUUGGGGCUUGGAGGAGCCCCCCUCCCCCAGGAAAGCUGUGCCACUGUCCCUGUUCUGUGCUGAAUUGCACAGGAUCCCCCUGUGCAGCUUUAUUCAGGAUGCUGCUCUGCUCUCUUUUUCAAGCUGUUGUUUCAAUUGGGUGCUGCCAUUAAGUUUUCAAAUCACUUUUUUAUAAAAAGUCUGGGAGCCAACUGAAAAUAUUUGAGCCUUCUCAAUCUCCAGUGAAAGUGGAAAGAUUCCAUUGUAACACCAGAAAGUGGAAUAGCUGUGUUCAUGUGCUUUUAACCCAUGGUAAAAUCACUGGGUAGGUCCAGUGUCCAAAAACCAAUCCAAACCUCCCUGGGUGGCUCAUUCUGGCUAAGAAAACAGCUAUUUUAUAAAGCAUGUGAAAGAUCCAAGGAAAAAGAGAGCACAGAGUUUCUCCACAGCCUGGAAUGGCAAAGAAGUUUUUUAAUAUUGAGGGUUUGUCAGACUUAAAUAAAGUUGUUGCCAAGGAAGGAGUGGGAGCUACAAGAGUGACUGAUGAAGAAUGAAACACUGGAAAUGCUGCCCCAAGUGUAGCUGAGGGAUCAGCCCUGUCUUUUCUUUCCAGGGGUAAUGGGCAACAUCCAUGCCCAAAUCUGAGAGAAAAUGGGCCACAAAGCCAAGACAGGCUCUUUUUAGGACCAGUUAUUCUAUGGAUCAUCAGUUUUUGAAUAUCUUAAAUAAAUUCCCUAAUUUUCAGAGAGGGUUUUGAUUGACUACUGAAGGAUUUAAAGGUGCUAUUGGUUAAUUCUUGUACAAAUCCAGCUUGCAGAAGGCUCCUGGAAAUGUUUGUAUGUUGCAUUGCCUUUCGAAUUGCCAUUGGAGGAGUUUAAUAAGCUUUACUUGUUCCUAAAAAUGAUGUCUCCACAAAGCUCCAGUGUUACUGUAAGUGUGUACAACCACCACCAGGUUACUCAGUGGUGUAAGCUUGGAGUAAUAUUGCUGCUUUUAACUCCAGUGGCAAAACAGCCAAACCCAAAAAUCAAUGUCUCACAAGCCUCUUGAAUUUUGUGUGUACAGGCUCAAGCAAAGGCUGCAGUGUAUUAAAAGCCUUUUAUGCUGAUGCUGGAAUUUAGGAGCUGGAAAAGAUUCCAGGGUUUCCUCUCUUUCCACGGGCUCAUGGUUUGAAAACCAGUGAACGAGAAGCUGUUUGGUUUUGGUGGUGACUCUGGGCUGUUGGAAGAGCAGAAGUGAGGCUGUUCAGAGCCCUGCAGUGUGCUGGGCUCAGGUGGGAUGUGCUGCCCUAGAAAGCUGUUCCUGCUCCUGGAGAGCCCUGCCUGGAUUCUCUGCUCCUGGAGUGUGGAAGGGAUGGAGAAGCUGUUACUGCUGCUGGAAUCUGCUGCUGCUGGGGAAAGUUCUGCAACUGAUUCAUUCCUAGGGGAGCACCCGUGCUUUGUGAGGUCAGAAAUCCUGCUUUUAUUUGGAGCAGUGCAAUCCUUUCCAUUUGGAUUCCUGUGACUGGGAGGAAGGAGGGCUCUGAUGUGCUGCAGGUGAUCUCUGCUUGUGGAAAACUCUCUCUGUUCUGGAGCUGCUCCUGCUUCCCCAGGACCUUCCGUGGCUUCCCCAGGACCUUCCGUGGCUUCCUGCCUUUUCCCACCAUCUCCAGUGCUACAACCAGGUGUAACCUUGUAGUGAGCCAGUGCCUGUCCUACUCUGAAGCACAAGAGGGACUCGUGGAGCUUCGUUUGAAAUGUCUUUAAUGUGAACUUCAUUCUGAGGGCUCUUACACUGGGGUUUUCUUUUGCAGCUGUUACCUGUGGGAGAGAAAAUUCAAUUGGUGCUCGUUGCUCUGCAGGGAAAACCAGGAAUAAUUGGGUUAUCCAUAGUUUUAGUUCUCCGUGGCCUCUUUAGGGAUGAGGAAAAGCAGUUUGUGAAAGCUUCUAGGUCUGAUUUACUCCUGGUCUGUUCCUGUGCUUAGUGAUUGCCUUUCCAAGUUAAUUCCUUGGAAUGAAAAUCCACCUGCUCUGAUCCAGAGCCAUCCUGACUGGGAUGGAGGAGAUGAGCUUGGAGGGAGCUGGGAACCCUCCCCAGUCCUGCAGAGUGGGUUUUGUGAGGAGCUGAAGGUGCCCAGAGCUCCAGAGGAUGUCCAGGUGGGAAUGCCAGUGUGGAGCAGCCCUGUGGCUGCUGUUUCCAUCCCUCUGGAAGCAGAGAGCCCUCAGAGGUGCUCCCAGAGCUGAGGCACCCCCAGGAAAGGCCUUGGAAAGGGAGGAGCUCCUGUUCAGCUCCUGACAGGCCUGGCCUUGGGCAGCCUCAGGGCCCAGAGGAAUUUCCUGGCACCAUGCAGGGCUGGAUACCCAGGAGUGCCCAGGAGAAUUCCAAGCGUGUUUUCCUCUCCUCCCCACCCCCUCUGCUCUGUGCUGAGGGCUGGGGUUGUUUUUAUAGGGACCUCUCCCAGCUAUUCCUGGUUUCCAUCCCUCCCUCAUGCACAUCCAGGCAUUCCCUGGGGAAAGGACCUGCUCUGAAUGUCCUAUUUGUGUUUUAAUUAUCACCCAGCACUUGAUUAAUUAGCUGAGGAAGCAGGGAAUGGUAAAACCUUUGCCUGGGACCAGGCAGCCAGGUGGGCCAUUCGUUAGGGCAGGUUUGCUAAUGACAUUAAUUAAUGUGUCCCCCUGGGAGCUGCAGGAGCAGGGCCCAGGGGUUGUUUUUCUAUCAUUUCUAUAUUUCCAUCUAUUUAAUGCAGCAGAAGCUACUGGAGUAACUCAGCCCUGGAUCCCACCCUCCCCCUGGAUCUUCCUUGGCAUCCCCAAGCUGAUCCUUUAGGAAUGUCCCUAAAACCCUGUGUGGAGCUGCCUGGACUGUCCCUGCUGCUGUUUGUGUCUGUGUCACUGGUGGGGGACAUCUGUGGGGGUGAGGGCCCGUUGGUGCCCCGAGGGCUCCGUGGGGCACUGCAGUCCCUGCCCUGCUUGAAGCUGAUCGUGUCUGGAGGAGAAUUGUGUCUUUUCUCUCUGUUUGUCCCGUGGAGUCUCUCUUGGAUUGCAGGUAUUUUUAUUCCCUACAGAAAUAAACACUUUGCCUUUUUAAA